UCCCAAUAAGAUGCUAUGUGAAUUUAUGAAUAAAACAUUUUUCUAUUAUCGUUAGAAAAGAUUCUUCUUGACAAAUCUUUAUGCAAAUUUUUUAAAUCUUCUCUUGUCGGGAUACAUCGUGUAAUAAUGAAAAUAUGGACUAUAACAUAAACAUAAACAAAAUCUGUCGGGUGUGUUUAGAGGAAAAUGUAUUGACAUCAAUUUUCAAUACAGAAUUUGCGAUGGUGCCCGCCGAAAUGUUGAUGCUCUGUGCCAAAGUCAAGGUGUACAAAAACGAUGGUUUGCCACCAGUGAUUUGUAACAACUGUAUAUACAGACUCGGAGCUGCGUAUCACUUCAAACAGCAAUGUGAAAAUUCUGAUUUUCGACUCCGAUCAUAUUUGGGCAUACUUGACAAAGGAUAUGGCGAUACGAGAGACAAUGAAACAAAUACAGAUCCAGAUCCUUAUUUCAAAGGUGCCAUCGAUGGAAUUGGAGAUAAGACAAAGUCCUCAAAAAGCUAUCGAAAUCGCUAUAAAAAGAAGUUACCAGAAGAGAAGAAGAAAAGAGGUCCAAAGCCGCAAGUUAAAGUGCCCCAAACUUGCUAUGAUUGCCAUAAGACUUUUAAGAGUGCAGCUCAAUUGACCAUUCACAUUAGGACUCAUACCGGGGAAAAGCCGUAUAUCUGUCCAUACAAUACGUGUACAAGGCGUUUUGCUCAAAAACACAAUCUUGAAAUACAUAUCAGAACCCACACUGGAGAGAAACCAUUACAGUGUGAGAUUUGCAGUAAACAAUUCGCAGCAUUGGGCAAUUUUCAAGCGCACAAAAAGAUUCACACCGGCAUUCGGGAUCACAUCUGCCCAGUUUGCUCAAAGGGCUUUUUAGGGGCCGGAGACUUAUCUCGUCACAUGCAAACCCACACGGGAAUCAAAAAUCAUCACUGCGACAUUUGUGGAAAGUCAUUUACCCGAAAUCGUGACAUGGUGGCGCAUAAAAAGAAAUUGCAUUUAAUGAACGAUAGAGCAGCUCAUGAAGUGUACAAAUGUAGGGAGUGUCAUAAAGUAUUUGCAACGGCUUUGAGCUUAAGCACACAUUAUCGUGUUCAUACAAAUUCUGUAUCCGCUAUGCCAACGCCAAUGAUGCCAACAUCCACACCGAUAGCUGCACCGAUUGCAACAUCAGCAAUGCCAUCGGCGCAUAUCGGCGGUUCAUUCGGAUUAGGUCCACCUCAUGCACCACCCGGUCAUCUUAUGCUUAGCCAUACACAUCACCAAGGAACAAUCAGCAUGAUGCAUCACACACAUACUCAAAGACUUCAUCCAUAUUAAGAAAGAAGGAAAAGCAAUCUCCUUCCCAGUAUUAUAUACAAUUUUCAGCUAAUUUAUUUCUAUUUAUAUUUAUUAUACAAAUAAAUAAAAUCCAUUGUGUGGUAA